AUGCCAAGAUCGUUCCUGAUUAAGAAGAGGCGGCAGAAUCCUACCAAGAUGGAAAACAGAGACGUCGAAGUUCCGAACAUCGCAAGGCAAUGUUCAUCUGAAAAUGUUGAAGGUAAAUAUAAUCCCUAAAUGUUCGAACUGAGCUCUGUAAUAUGUUCCGAAUAGUUUUUUUGCUAUGUGACUCUCAUGGUAUCUUAAUUCUAAACCUGCCCUAGCAAAAUCGCCGUUUCUAUAUGAUUCAUGAGACAAUUAUAUCAAUCAAAUGAGCCUCUUUUUUGUAAAAGUACAUAAUUUGUCCUCAAAGAUCGCAGAGGUAUCAAUUCGCCAAAGAGGUGACAAAAUAAAUAAUUGAAACAAAGACGUUAAAACUGAAAAUGAUGAACUGAAUUUCAAAUGACAAAUUUGCCUUUUAUUCGGGGCGGUUUACAUUGCUGUCGACAAUUUAACUUUUCGUUACUGAAACACACCUGAGACUGAUCGGACAAAAACUCUUUGCCGAGGGGUAAGAGAAUGAAUUAAUUGUUAUCUGUUUCCAAAUUUCUUAACACAUAUUGGAUGGCUGGAUAUAUCAAAAACAUGCCCUUUUCACCCUGCCCUUCGCAACUGAGGCUCUGUAUGUCCACACGAAUCUUUUUUCAUUUUAAUGUCGCUCCUGAUGGGAUGCAUUUUAGAAUCGUUGUGAAAAGAAGAAAAUGUUCAUCGAAAAUCUAAACAUUAAAAAGCGCCUUCCAGCGGCGUAUGACAUUAUUACUUCUUACGCGCUUUAAACCACGGUUAACGCUUGAUUAAUAUUGCUCCCUUUAAUUCGCUCUCGAGUUUAAUCAGAUGUAUUUAAUGCUGCAUUCAUUAUCUAUCAGGGCAAUUGAUCGUCAAAAAUAAGAAAAUUAUAAAUGGUUUUGAUUGCGCGAUCGCGCAGACGUUAACAUAUACACCAGCGCAUCGGCACUGUCAGUCUUAGCAAGUCUUUAAGAGUAUUCUGUAGAGAUUUACCCCGCGGCGCAAAAGCUUUGUACUGAGAUUUCCGAAAUGAGACUACCAGUGUGGAGCAACACUAUUUGCUGCGUGUUCGGUUAGUCGGAAAUGAGAACUUUCGAGUUAAAGCGCAUUUGUGUGAACGGGCGCUGUAAAACUUUUGGUGUACUAGUUAUUAAAUCAGCCAGUGGUCAAAUAAGCCCUCUCACUCGAGUAAAUCCAUUUAAUAGGUUUGUACGCACAGAAUCGAAGCAUUUAGUAAUGAUGACAAGGAAAACCGGCUUGCGUAAAAUUACAUUUUCAUUACUGAACCUAGAUACUUUUAAUGCAGUCCCCGUUUUCUUUAGUUAAUCGAAUUAAGUUAAGUUUUAUAACAGAUAAGAUUGUGAAGUAGAAGACCUUUUGUUUUGGGUCAGGCGAGACUGAAACAGGAAAAUUGGGAUAAAGAGCGGGAGCACUUCUUCCCUCAACUUUUCCUCUCUCUCCAUCCCUUUCUCUUCCUUCUUCUCCUUAUUUCCCGGCCUGUUCAAGCUAGGGGUAUUUCGAAAUUCAGUGAUAUUCUUAAGACAAGCGAUCUCUAUCCAGUUUAAAUGAUUGGAGUGUGCAAGCCACCUGAUUCGCAUGUAUUUUUUACUUCGACUCCUGACUAUGAACAAAUGAAACCUUUUUGAAUUGUUUGUUGAUUGAGUCCGUCUAUGUUGAUAUCAAUGGAUAACUAGAAAACGAUUAAGAUUUCUAGCGAAUACUCUCGGAACACGCGCUGGUUUCUUAAACUUGCCAUUAUGGUUAAUAAUUCCCCGUAUCUGAAUUUUUGUCGGCUUUAUGUCUAUUGCAGAUGUGGAACAUCAUGGUAACUCGCUAAGCAACAAAAUGGCUACUACUGAGGUCAAGUUAAGCGCUUUCACAGCCCGGUUCUUGGAAAACAGAGAAAUGAAUUUGAAAUUUACUUCACACUUCCAAACGCCACAAGAACUUUCAUUAGAGCAGUCAGAUGAGCAAUCUUCCGCAAAGUACACCACAACUGCUGUCAAGUGGGGCUUGACUUGGGAAAAAGUGAAUGAAAAUGGUUUUGAUGUGAAUUUUUUCAAGAACGAGGGCUAUAUUCUUCCUGCGAUGAUAAAAAUAGAAGAAAGAGAUGAUGGAGAUGGGGUGCAAAAUAUGAUGUGGGGAAGGAACGACUGGCAAAACUCGUUUGUACAAAGGGGUGUCCUCGAGAAGGACAAGGCGGCCGAGUGUCUUCUCCCAGAAAGAGAAAACUGUGGCAGCGAGACCAUUUCAGACGUGAGGAAUAAGGAAGGUUUUGAGAACUCAACCCUGUUUCAAGAAGAUGCUGUCCUGAAACGUGAAGAGCCAGUGGAUCAAAGACCCCUAUCAGCCUCCGGUUUGAAAGAUACGAAAGAGGCGACGUUCAGCAGUGAUAGCGAGACCAAGGAAACACUCUUACAGCAGCAGCAUGUAAAAACAAGUAGCUCUUCGAGUAAAAAAUAUCGCUACACAUGUGAUGUUUGUGGUAAAUCAUUUAGCCGUUCCAAUACUUUGACCACACACAGAAGAAUUCAUACCGGGGACAAGCCUUUUAUCUGUGAGCAGUGCGGCCGUGCCUUCCGACAGCCAGGAAACCUGACGCGUCACCGAUUAACUCACACUACCGUCAAACCGUACGUGUGCACGCAGUGCAACAAGGCAUUCAACCGUGCUUCUAACCUGCAUACCCACAUGCGCACGCACACCAACUACAAGCCGUUCAUUUGUGACUUCUGCGGAAAAGGGUUUCACCAGAAAAUCGACAUGAAGAUCCACCGAUACACCCACACGGGCGAAAAACCACACAAGUGCGACAAAUGUGGACGCGGUUUCAAGCAGCUGACACACUUGACGUAUCACCUGAGAACCCAUUCCGAAAUGCGUUUAUAUCAGUGUGAAUACUGCGGUAAAGGUUUUAAUCAAAAGGGAAACCUACAGGCGCAUAUCUACGGUCACACUGGAGAACGGCCCUUCAAAUGUCAGGUUUGUGGCAAGGGAUUCACAUUAGCCUCCACGUUGAACACACACAAGAGGACGCAUGCGCCCAAGAAGCCUUUCCAGUGCCAGUUCUGUACCAAAGCAUUUUAUCAAAAGAAUGCGCUUAAGACGCACUAUAUAGCUUCCCAUCCGUUUGCAAAUGGUGUUAGCCUUUUGUAA